UUGUCACGUUGCCUCCUCUUCCCAAAACUGCUGACGGUAGUUUGUUUCCGCAUCAAUGAGGAAUAAAACGAAAUCGUUUUGAAUCCUCCGGGUUUUCCGUAUUGGAUCCAUUAUCAUUCAGUUCUUUGCUACAGUGAUGAUAGUAUGACUUUAAGAUCUGACAAAAUUCAGGUUUCUUUUAGACUCUCUGUAGGAGAUCUGAAGCCAUCAAAAGUUACGUUGAAUAUAUACGAACCAGUUGGUAGCAAAACCCAGGUGCAAUGCACAAAUCAGAAGAGAGGGAUAUGGACGGCAAAAGCAGAUGUUCAGAAGAAUGCUUCGCAAUACAACUAUGUAGUUGAGAUUGCACCAAAAUACAUGAUUACAAAAUGGUUUGUUUCUGCAACAUCAUACCAAGAACUUAAAUUUCGAAGCCUACCUGAAAAUAAUAGCACAUGUCGUGAUGUGUUCGAACCUCCACAAAGUACUGAAUUCCCUAAAGUUUCAGUGUAUUCGGGGCUGACACAAUGCCAUUUGCAAGGUUUAGUAGAUAGCGUAAAGAGUAUCAACGAUCUAAAACAAUCUCUAGUUGAAUUGCAACACUUAAGUCAGGUUUUCAACGCGCAACUCUUCGCAGAUCGUGAUGAAGUGUCAAAAUUACGCAUGUGGAUUGGUAAACCUUUUCCAAGUCAUUCCAGAUAUCCACAUAAGCUUGUACUCCUGUGUGCUUUGUAUGGCAGACUUGCAAAUGAACUCAAUUUGCACAUUCGUGAUCUAUGUGAUGUUACAGCCCAUGUAUAUACGCUCAUUUUAGGAGCCCUUGAAAACGUUGAUCGCAGUGAACUAACCAAAUGGUCUCACAAAUGGCUGAGAGUUACUGCCAUACAGACCUUAGAGUCAAAAAAUAAAGACCAUUGGAUAUAUGCUGCCGCUUCUUUUCCUUAUCUCUUUGAAGUAAGUCGACUAAUGGAACUUAGUAAAACAUUGAAUGGAGCAAAACUUCAAAUGAAUGCUUUGAAGUAUAUGCUUAUUCCAAAGAUCCAAGACGGAUACAACAGGGAUGAAGUGGAUACCAUCCUCCAUAAUCUUGUGAAAACUGCUAAAACAGCAAAUCAAAAGACGGAACUUGAAGAGGCUGUCAGGAAGUUCAUGAAAUCUGUUGCUCCUCUUGUUGACAUCGGUGAAAACCCUGAAAACACAAAACCUGUAGCGCCUCCAGUGCUAAGCGAUGUAAACCCCGGAGCAGGAGCAGAUGUCUUUAAUGAGGAAAUCCAAGCAAAAGUGGGAAAACACCAGAUUAAAGAAUCAUCAGUAGAAGUGAUCAAGACAGGUCCAUUGUCGACACCUAGGAAUGAAGAUUCAAAUGUUGUUGGUGGUUACACACAAUCCAGGUCAUUGUCAGUUUAG